AAAUAAAACUAUAACCCCCUCCUAAUCUAACCUAACCACCACCACUCAUCUAACCUAACCACCGCCACUCCCUAACUCAAACACAGCUCCAUCCCUUCAGAAAAAAAAAGAGAGAAAGAAAGAAAGAAACGAAGGAAAGAAAAAGGGCAACGGGGAAGGGGAAAAUCAGAGAAGAAGGAAGAGAGCGCCGGAGAGGAGUCACCGCCGCACUACUGCUGCGCUGCUCAGGACCGUGUCCCGCUCGCUGCUGCACCACGCUCAGUGUCGUCUUUGCCGUCGCAUUUGUGUCAUCGUCAUGCACAAGAGGAGGAGAAAUAGAGUGACAGGGAGAAGAGGAAGGGAUGACGCCGUGACUGGACUCGCCGCCGUUGCAUCGCAGGAGGUUCCAGUUCUGUUGCCGCCGUUCGCGCUGUCACCUCCAGCCCGCGCCGUUGCCGUUCAUGAAGAGUGAAAGAGAGAGAGAGAGAGAGAGAGAGAGAGAGAGAGAGAGAGCUCGGGAGCCGAGAAGAGAAAGGGGAGACCCGUGCUCAGCCACCGCCGCGACUCUGCCGCUGAGAAGCUCCGCUGCCGCCACUGAGAUUCACCAUCGUCACCGUCGAAGAAGGCCGUGCCUCUGGUCACCGAAAUCAUGGACUGGAGAGAAGGGGCUGCCUCUCCUAUUGCUGCUGCUUUGUUCUUUUAUCUUAUUGACGCCGCUCUCGGUGCUGAUUGGAUUAACCACCAUAGCUAUUCUGCAUCACCUUCACUUUCCAUUAUUUCUGUUAGGUCCCGUUCUUGCCGGUGAUGGCCGUUGGAUUUGCAACAGCUCCAACUUUUAUUUCCCUCUUGAUUCGAGUAACUAUGGUUGCUGCAAAAGUGAUUUGGAACUGCGGUUGUGGUUGCCACUGUGAUGAGCUGGGGGAAAAGGGAUUCAAGGCAUUUAAUUAUGUGGAUUGCGAAUAGUUGAGCUAGGGAUUUUUCUUAAAAUUUAUUUCAUAUUAUAGAGUUGUUAUAAAUAGAUAUUGAUGCAAAAAAUAUAUUUCUGUGAUUAUGUUUGUCUUGUAGAUGUGGUUGUUUGAUUGCUUGAGUGAUAUACGGUUGUUGAUAAGAAAUGAGUUUGAAAAGUUAUUUACUUGAUUAUUAUGAAAAGUGGUUACCUUAGUUUGGAGUUAAAGUGGUUUGAUUCUGAGUAGGUCUGAUCUUAUAAAAGAUUUAAUACUUGAGCUGGUUUGAUUUUAAAAAGGGAUUUAUUAUUGGAAUUUGUUUGAUUUGAAAAUAAUUUGAUAUUGGAAUUGGUUGAAUUUUGGAAAGUCAUU